AUGAAAAAUGACUCUUCGAAGCCGGCGUCAUACGCGAUAUCGUCCGGAAAAGAAAAAGCCAGGCGGAAAAUGCCGCUCAAGAUCGUUUUACGUCGACUGCCGGCAGCUAUGACAUGGGAGCAGUUGAAAACUCAACUGAGUCCAAUUCCGGAAUUCGAAUUUUCUGAAUUUGUCGCUGCAAAAUCAAGCGAAGGAAUAUCAUUUUCGAGAGUCUAUUUCGUUUUCAAGAAGGAUGAUGAUGCUAUCGCAUUCAAGGAACGUUUUCAUGGAUAUGUUUUUGUUGAUGAUAAGGGAGGCGAGUCUAUUGGUAUUGUCGAACUUGCGCCGAACCCAAAGGUGCCACACGAUAAAUUAGAAGAUGCCAAGGAACGUGAUUUCAAGUGUGGUACUAUAGAAGCAGAUCAUGAGUACAAAAAAUUCUUGAGCGAAAGAGAAAAUCUGCAAAAACCAGAUCCGAUACCAAUGGAGCAACUGAUCAAAGAAAUCGAUGAAAAGGAAAAAAUGCUUGAAAAGAAUGCUGUGCAGGAAACACCACUAACGCAGUACAUAAUCAGGAAAAGUAUCAGACGCAUUGAGGAAAAGCGACGCGCUCGUGAAGAGGAGAAGCGUGAGCGGAUGGAACGUCGUAAUGAAAACGAAUUGAAAGAUAAACAGGAAUGGCAAGACAUAAAGAAAGUGAUUGAAUUUCGUAACUCUAGGUUGGAACGAAGCAACGAAAGUUCAUUGAAAGAAAAAGAAAGAACAAAAAUUCGAACAUACCGUACCGGCGAUUAUAGCUAUAAUGGUGCGAUAGAAAAAAGUAAUAAAUGGUGUGAUAUUAGUGAUCGUGACAAAUGUAUUCAGUCGUCGAACAAAGGACGUGAUGCGUCAGCUGGCAGUGAUCCUUUUUCGAAGAAAACGAAGCAGAAUGAUGAAAAUCAAUGCUUCAAAGCCGAAAAAGUUGAAGAACUAGAAAGAGAGAAGAGGAUAAAAAAAGACGAGGGGAGGACUAUUUUCAAGAAGACUGUAUCAUCGAAUGAUACUGUUGAGGCAACAUCACCGGACAAACUGGAUAGUGGAGUUUCGAGAGCAACAAGUCGAAUAAUAGUGCACAAAACUACAGUUGCCGAGAAUGAUGAAAGAAACUCAGACAAGCGGAAAAAGGAAGAAAAAACUGAAAAUAGUUUUACUAAGCCUCGUCGUAAUAAGGACCGUCCAGAACGUGCAAUAUAUCAACCUUCUGCCGCUCGGCGUCGAGCUGCAGCUUUAGCUGCGAAUAGUUUAAAUGCUAUGGAAAGAGUGGCAUCAGCUUCUAAGGAUAAACCUUAA